GGACUGCUGAGUGGAACCUUUCGUCCUAUCGCUUCUUAUAAAAGGGGGAUUGAAGCUGAAGGCAGUUAAUCAAAAUUCCUGAGGAGAUGGCGGAUGGUGGGAGGAAGCUUGUAACGCUCGACGACCUCAUCGAUGCCCUGGAUAAGCGCGAGAGGGCGUCGAGCAAUGUCCCGAAGGUUGAUACUUUCCACUUCAAGGGAGAACGGGUGUCCGACUGGCUGGACCUGACGGAGCAAGCACUGGUGGGGAUGUCGGACAAGGUCAAGCUCCUGCGAGUCCUAAGAUAUGUUCUUCAUAGCCACCAUCAGGAAGUGGGCAAGGUCGUGGAUGCCGCCAAUGGUAGUUGGGCGAGGUUCAGGGACAUGAUGCAGAGAAAGUACAGGUUGGGGGAUGGGUUGCUGACCAUGGCGGAUUUGGAAGCCAUGAACAAGGACGACUUAUCCACGAUUGGGACGUUUGUGCACGCGUUUAAAAGGAAGGCGCAGAAGGUGCACGGGAUCUCCGAAGAAACCCAGUGUGCCAUAUUUUUGGGUCUGCUUACUGGCUCGGAGGCCUCGGAGCUCACGGGUCACGGAGGGGGAAAUGAGAAACUCACCUGGGCCAUUAUCGACAAAGGGGUGGAAGAGGGGAGCCUGGACGAGGUGGAGCAGCACCAGGUGCGGCUGCAAGGACGCAAGAGAAAGGAAAGGGACGCCAGUGCGUCCGGGACCUCAGGAGUGAAGAGGAUCGUCACGGACGUAUUGGCAGCGCUGGGGUAUGAUAAUGAGGCGGAAGUGCAAAAGAGGGGAGUGACCGUAGCCCAAGGCCGGGCGUCGGGGGCAGUGGAAGAGGAGGCUAGGCGCAAGGACUAUGGCGGAGAAGAGACGGGCUCCCAGAUCCUAACCAAGGCCCAGAGAAAGCAGCGAAAUUUACAAGUGGGGGGUCAAGGAUCCGGAAAAGGGCAGGUCCCGCAAGCGAUUGCUGCGCCGCCACCUGUUGCCACGACAACGUUGACGAAUGCAGUGGCGAUGGUGCAAAGGCGUAUGAUCAGAGCCAUGCAGACGGUCAGCCCACAUAUCACUCAACCCUAUAUCGAUGACCUGGUGGUCAAAGGUCCGAAGGAGAAAGAGGAAGACGAAGUGAUGCCCGGUGUGCGGUGCUUUGUCUGGAAGCAUGUUCAAGACAUCGAUCAGACUCUGGGGUUAUUGGAAGAACAUAACCUGACGGCGAGCGGCCCCAAGUCGAAACAUUGUAUGAGAGAGGCCACGAUUCUAGGUUUUGUCCAUAAUGAGAGCGGACGAAGGCCUGACGUAAAGAAAACAGACAAGAUUCUUGAGUGGUCGGUGCCCUUCCGUUCGAUAACAGAUGUGAGGAGCUUUCUUGGGACGUGCAAAUUUUGGAGGAGCUUCGUGAAGGACUUUGCCACGAAGACGGAGCAUUUAAGGAAGUUGGUGCGCCAGGAUCAAGAAUGGGUCUGGGGCGAAGACCAAGAAGAGGCGGUUGGUAUGAUGAAAGGAGAGUUUAAGGAAGGAGGUUUGGUAUUGGGAGCACCAAACUAUGAGGCCACGGAGGAAAGACCAUUCGUCAUUGAGACAGAUGCUGGGACAACUGCCUUGGGAGGAGUCCUGAUCCAGGCAGAUACUGAGGGGAAGGAGAGGCCGCUAAGAUUCGAAAGUCGCACCCUCAAUACAACUGAGAGGAACUACUCUCAGUUCAAGAAGGAAACGCUGGCGGUACUUCAUUGCCUAAGGACCUUCCGGAACUAUGUUUUUGGCAGGAGGCUUAUCCUGAGGGUGGACCCUACUGCACUGGCAUGUUCCCUGAAGAAUUAUACUCCAUCUGACCCAACCGUCGCAAGAUGGUUGACCUACAUUUGGAUGUUUAAUUUCAAGCUGGAAAGGAUUCCAGGGAACAAGAACAGGGCAGAUGGGUUAAGACGCAUCAACUGGGACGGAUCGGACGAGGAAUCGAUAGAAGACACGCCGCCAGUUGAUGGGUUUUUGGAUCAAGAGGAGGACGUCCGCCUGCACAUAAACGAAUGGUCCCUACGAGUGCCCAGUUGCGUCAGUCACCCCAUAUGGCUGACACCAAAGGGGUACGAGCAGAAGGAAGAGUUAGUCCCCAAGCCCUUUCAGGAGGAGGAUCCGUGGGGAAGUAAAGAUGUUGGUUGGAUGAUGAAGUUGGUGUUGGCAGCUACGCACAGUCUGGUGGAGGAAGUGAGGGCAAUAGAGGAAGGCCCCACUCAGGUAGAGGAGCAUGACCAGCUAAUGGGAGGGAUGUACCUGCUCACCAAUAUGCUCCUACAACGAGACUUUGACCGGAAGGGCUCGUUCAGUCAUGAAGAAGAUGAGAUUUUGGUUCCUGAAAGUCGGGACGACGAAUUCGAGGAAAGAGAAAUCAAGGAGGCGUUUCGGGCAGAGGAGUACGAUGGGAUCUACCGGGAAUUGGGGUUGCUCCUAUCAUGUGAGAUAAGGGAUAGAGAUGCAAGUGCCAAGGCACAGAAGAUGAGGCACCUCUAUGUGGUAAGAGACGGCCACUUGUUUAUAAAGCGGCAGGUCGGGAACCCCAAAAGGAUCCUAUAUGGGAGAAACCGGCAAAUUGAUAUCAUAGCGGGCCUACAUGAUGGUAUAGCAGGGGGGCACAGAGGGGUAAGUGCCACAUGCGCGAAGAUAAGCGAGCUCUACCAUUGGGACGGGAUGCUAAUGAUGGUUAUCAAAUAUUGCCGGUCCUGUAUACCUUGCCAAGAAAGGUCAGCGCAAAGGCCUGGAGAACCCCUGCACCCAAGGUUAGAAAGGGAAGUGGGUGCGGUCGUGCACCUGGACCUGUUAUUCAUGCCAGCAGGGGAGAAUGGGUGUAACUACAUCUUCGAUGCACGGGAUAACCUUACUGGGUUUGUGGACGGACGAGCUAUCCGGACGAAGACUGACCCGGUUUUGGCGAACUGCAUCGAGGAGUAUUACCUGCGAUACCCUUUYGUCAGGGAGUUCGUGAUGGAUCGAGGAUCAGAGUUUACCUGCAAUAAGGUGAGGACGUUGCUUGCAGGGUAUGGCGUAGUGACCAACUAUACUACGGCCGUACACCCUCAAGCGAACGCUCCUGUGGAGAGAGGGCACAGUACCAUCACGAAUCUCCUGGCUAAGUGGACAGAGGGCAAGCCUGGUCAGUGGCCGAAGUUCCUACGGGUAACUUUCGUCGUGGAGAAUGUUACGGUAAAGAGGACUACCAAGUACGCGCCAGCCACGCUAUGGUACGAGAGGCAUGCCACCUUUCCCAUAGAAAGCUUUAUGAAGACGCGGAGCCGCCAGGACUUGGAGGUAAACCUGUCUUUCGAAGAACUGCUCGAUAUUCGGGCGCGGCAAGUGGGGACGGCCGAAGAAAGAUUGCGAGAGGCCGCUGGUCAGGCGGAAAGGAGUCGCAUGGAAGAUAAGAUGAGGUGGGACCAGAUGGCACGGGUAAGAAAGGAGCCAUUGGCAGUAGGGGAUGUCGUAUUAUUAUACGACUCCUCUUUGGAAAAGCAAUGGUCAAGGAAGCUUGACAAGAGAUGGUUGGGCCCCUAUAGAAUAUUGCGGUGCAGCGAAUUUGGGGGCUAUCAGAUCGAGGAGCUGGACGGGACAGAUUUUCUGGACUUCUACCAGGCACAUGUGACACGGGAGGGCUGGUCUACCUUGGAGAGGAUACGACACUUGAGGGGAGUUGGGCGCUUCGAGGAGCCUAUUGCGCACAUUCGAGAGGAGGCGUUGACAUGGCAGGAUGUGGAGGCGAAGAUGCAGAUGCUGAGGGCUUCGCCGAUGGGACCGUAUGGAUUGCCUAUUCGAUUGGAGGAAGGCAAUGCGGAGGAGUUCAUCCCGGCCUAUGACCAUUAUAUGCGCGACCAGGGGACUGGGCAGGAGGAGUGGAUGCAGAUGCUGCCCCUCUGGACACAAAGGGUGGAGAGGUCGUUGGCGAUGCAGAUCCAGGACAGGGCACACGACUGGGAGGACUGCCAGGCCCAGUUGAGACAGGCGUUUCGACGACUGGAGCCCGAGAGACCAGAGCCCAGGGUGGAGAGACGACGAAGGAGUAAGAGGCCACGGGGCCUAGAGGCGAGAGGGGCCACUACGACCAGAGGGGGCCGAAAGGCCUUGGCACAGCGAGAGGGGCCAGCAGAGGCCACCCAGGCGGUGGAGCCAGUUCAGGCCGCGGGGCCAGCUCAGGCGGCGGAGCUACCCCCUACCUAUGGGCUCGAGCAGGUGGAGUUUCGCCGAAUCACGGGCAGUGAUCUACGGGGCCCGUCGCCGACGUUACCAGAGGGGGGAGGGGCGGUGCCGUUGAGGACGCUGCUCGACAGGUUGGAGGCUCAUCUCGAUGCGUCCCAGUGGGGGGCGUCACAGUGGGGAGCGGACCAGAGUGGACCGGCACGGUAUGAACCAAUGGAGGAUGAGCCAGAGGAGGAACCACCUGAGCCGGGGCCUGAGGCAGGGUCUUGCGAACCCGAGGAGCCGCAGACUGAGGGGGCGCGACAAUAUUGGCCUGAAGGAAUUCCUGAGCCGGACAGCGAGAAGAUGUUGGGGCCCCCACCGGAAGCUACUACGCCACCCCCGACGCCGGCGGAGCCAGAGGGGGACGAGAGGGCGAGGGCAACUACUACUGUGGCGCCGCAACUAACUGAGUCUACAGGUGCACACAUGGAUGUGGAGGUGCUGACAUCCGGGGAGCCUCCGCCAGGGCCGCCACCCGCAGAGGAUGGGACAAGUGAGGGAGAUCCGUUGCGAGAGGGUCACGAGGCGAGGACAGGGAGGCCACCGGGGGAGACGAAAGACGAGAAGCGCGCGAGGGUGCAGGGGAGUGAAAGAUUGGACGAGGCACGAGAGACAGAGGACAUGGGAUUUUCAGUCGCCAGGAUGGAGAUGGAGCGUACAGACAGGAGGAUAGGUGAGGUGGCAAUCUCGUCCUUCCAGCGGUACUCCAUGCUCAGCGAUGAGUUGGCGGCCUCGAGGUUAGAAGUGGGACAGUUGUCCUCCCAGUUGGCGGAAGAGAGGGCAGAGAACCAGGCAUGGAGGACCCGCACGGAAGCCAAGGAGGCGGAGUGGGAGAAGAGGCUUCAGGACAUGGCGGCGAUAGUAAAAAGGCUCUCGACCACUAAGGUGGUCGGCUGGACGGAGCAGAGUCGGUAUGGUAUCCAGGGGAAGAAGGUACAGGGGCUCUUUGGCCAGGAAGGAACGACGGAUACGCCACAUCAAGAGGGAAUGGGGAAGGUAUUCCUGGACCCAGCAGAGGCGGCAGCGAGGCGGGAGGCCAAGGAGAGGAGGUUCAGCUUCAGGACUCCCACGAAGUUGGCCUCGCAGCAGGCCACCCCUAUGACGAUUGGGAUCCCUGAGGGCGAGCCAGCGCAGGGACCCCAACCUCCAGUGGAGGAAGGGGGCCCCACAGAGGAGUCCCCUACGAUCCUUUUGGAGGUGUAGGAGGGUGCCCUUACGGGAGUAGCAGCAUCCACUGAGCCGGAGGCAAUGGGGGGAGAGGCGUCUCGACUGGAUGAGUUAGUGGCAGCUAUGGAGUUGGACAUGCCGUCAGGAGAGCAUCAGAGACAGAAGACCCCAGAGCGUGUGUCAGAGAUAGGGGAGCUGAGGACGCAGUUAGUCUCUUGGGUUACUGGAACUGACUCAGGAGAGCACAUCUCAGAGCAGCAGCAGGAAGUUAUGAGCGAGCCGGCGACUGUCGUGACUCCCCAGCCCUCUGACCGGCAUAGGGACGAG